CAAAUGCGGACGCCAGGACUCUGACGUGGCGCAUAGAUACUUCGCCCCCCUAGAAUGUAUAUAAAGCGAACGAUGGGUCCCAGGUAGUCAACUUCUCCCCAACUUCUCUCAGAGACAAACGUGCCUUUGUGCCGUAUACCACUGGCAGAGUCUACGCGUGCGAGAUGACCAGUAUCAAGGACCUCCUCCAGACGUUGGCGUCGUCGAUUGAUAAUAGGCCGCCAGUGUGCUUCGGUUCUCUUCCUGUAUCGACGAACCAGUGCGAGCUCUUCUACGGGAAGAGAGAUUCAGUCCGGCGUUUGAACUUCGCCAACGCAUCGCAGGACGAGCUUAAGUCUCUUUCAGCUAGUUGCGACAGGGCUACCUUUGGCGUGAACCAGGCAGACGUACUCGACGAGUCCUACAGGAAAGCUGGGAAGCUUGACUCGUCGGACUUCUCCAUGCAGUUCAAUGCUGUGGAGACUGGGCUACUCGAUGUUGUCAGCACGGAACUGUUCGAAGGCAAAUGGGCCGCCCGGCCAAUCCGCGCCGAACUAUACAAGCUGAACGUGUACGAGGAAGGCUCUUUCUUCAAGUCCCACGUAGACACUCCGCGCGAAGAGAGUAUGUUCGGUUCGCUGGUUAUCACCUUCCCGACGAAGCACGAGGGCGGCGCACUUACUUUCCGCCACGAGGGCGGAGAGUGGACGGUCGACUCCGGCGGGCUCAUCUCGGAACAAGCAGAGCCCUGUGUCGUCUAUGCCGCCUUCUACAGCGACGUCGAGCACGAGGUUCUGCCGGUGAAGACGGGAUGCCGCGUCACGGUGACGUACAACCUGUACUUCGCACAGGACGCCCAGCCGUUGACCAGACCUGUUGGAACCCCUAUCCCCGCUCAUCGGUCUGCGUUGGAGUCUGCGUUCACGGUCCUCUUGGCCAAACGGACGUUUCUACGUGAUGGAGGAUGUCUCGGCUUCGGAUUGCACCACCAGUAUCCGCUCGACAAGUCGAUAGGGAAGCGAAAGCAGCUCAGUGUUCUGCAGCAGUUCCUCAAAGGAGGGGACGCUGUGCUCAAACAACUCUGUGAUGACCUCAAGCUGAAGAACUACCUGGGCGUUGUCUACCGGCGUCAAGAGAAUUAUUCGAACGACGUGGUGGAUAUCCUUUGCAAGCAGGUCGUCAAUUUCGACGGCGCAAUGGUGGAAGACUCGUUGGUCGAGUACCUUCGCGACGAGUACGAAGGCCAACUACUCACCAAGACGAAGUUUGACAAACCUGACCUGGACGUGACGUGGGUCACUGAUACACCUCAAGUCAACUUCGUCAAGCAGCAAUACAUGGCGUACGGGAACCAGGCGGAGAUGACGCAUGCGUACUUCCGAGUAUGUCUAUUUGCGAAAGUUGGUGCUGUGGGGGCGCGUGAAACUGCUGGACAAUGAGUAGUACAUUCUGCACCGGACGGUCAUUAUUCUGAUUGGUGUAUCCCGGCAUCAACGCCCAAUGGUCUUACUGUAAUGUGACGGACGUGUAUGCAGUGAGUACUGUACGGCUGUCUCAGCUAAUAAAGUAAGAACUAGCUCC